AUGGAGAAAUUCCUGCGGGACUGGCGGCAGGAUGCCUUGAACAAGGCGCAAUACGAGUCGGCCAUCUUCAUCGGCGACAAACUGCUCGCUUUGACCGGCGACGACAAAGAUGCCUUCUGGCUCGCACAGGUCCACUUCGCGACGGGCAACUAUACUCGUGCCCAGUCGCUGCUGUCCAAGUCUGAUCUGAUUGCCCGCAACCCUUCCUGUCGCUACCUGAGUGCCCAUUGCCUCGUGAAGCAAUCGCGUUUCGACGAAGCCCUCGCUGUGCUCGGCGAGCGAAACCCCAUACACCUAAUACCGACGGCAGCGAACAAGCGCAAGACACAGAACAACACCACAUCAUCCUCCUCCUCCGGCCGAGCUGCGCCGGCCGAACGCAGCAAGAAUGGCGCUGCGAAAUCUGCAGCAGAGAGGGUAGGCACUCCGGUGCAGGACGAGACGGCGGCAGAGGAGGCCGCGAACCGACGCUACGAGGCAGGCAUGUGCUAUCUGCGAGGCAUAUGUUACGCCAAGCAGAAUGCCUUUGACCGGGCAAAGGACUGUUACAAGGAUGCUGUGCGCAUCGACGUGCAGUGCUUCGAGGCGUUUCACCAGCUCACCAAGAAUUCGUUGAUGGCGCCGGACGAGGAGUGGGACUUCUUGCAGUCCCUGAACUUUGAGUCGAUAUCCAUCGAAGGCGACGCCGACGUGUCCUCCGAGGCAGCGGACUUCACAAAGAUGCUCUAUAGCACUCGACUAUCCAAAUACCGCAACCCCGAGGCAUUCACCACGGCCUCGGAAUGCCUGGCCUCGCACUACAACCUGGCCACGAAUCCAGACCUUCUUCUGGCCCGUGCAGACUUGUUAUACACGCAGUGUAGAUACAAGGAUGCGCUCGCCAUCACGAGUUCUAUUCUCGACGACGAUAAGUACAACUUUAGCAUAUACCCUCUACACCUGGCUUGUCUGUACGAAUUGAGGCGAAAGAACGUUCUGUUCCUUAUCGCUCACGACUUGGCGGACAACCAUCCAGAAGAGCCAUGCACGUGGCUGGCCGUGGGCAUCUACUACUUUUCCAUCGACAAGGUCGCAGAGGCGCGGCGCUACUUUAGCAAGGCCAGUAUGAUGGACGCUCACUUUGGACCUGCGUGGAUAGGGUUCGCGCAUACCUUUGCCGCAGAGGGCGAGCAUGACCAGGCCAUCUCGGCCUACUCGACGGCAGCCCGGCUCUUCAUGGGCACGCACUUGCCGCAAGUCUUUCUGGGGAUGCAGAACCACGCGAUGAACAACAUGACGGUGGCCGAAGAGUUCCUCAAGACGGCGUACGGGUUAUGCAAGGAAGACCCGCUGCUGCUCAACGAGAUGGGGGUCGUGUGCUACCACCAGGACCGGCCGAAGGAGGCGGCGCUCAUGUUCCGCAAGGCGCUCGAGGUGGCGGACGACAUCGACAGCGACCCGACGGCCUGGCUGGCGCCGCGGACGAACCUGGCGCACGCGUACCGCCGCAUGCGCUUCUUCAAGGAGGCGCUGAAGCAGUUCGACGAGGUGCUGCGGCAGGGCGGGAAGGACGCGGCCGUCUUCUGCGCCAAGGGGCUCAUCCACCUCGACCAGGGGGAGCCGGACGAGGCGGUCCGGGUGCUGCACGAGGCGCUCGCCAUCAGCCCGCAGGAUCCCAUAGCGACGGAGCUGCUGAACAAGGCGCUCGAGGAGACGGCCGACGCGGACCUCGGGGUCGGGCAGCCCGGCGCCGCGGGGGAGGAGCCUGGCGCCGUCGAGGCGGAGAUGGUGGGCUUUGAGAGGGAGCUGCUGCAGAAGCGGCAGGUCGCGCGGGCGAGGAUCGCAGGCGGCGGCGGCGGCGGCGCUGGAGGGAGGCACGCUGCCAGCAACGGGGCGGCGGCGAAGGGGAAAGGCAAGGAGCGGAUGAUGGUUGGUGGUGGUGGUGGUGGUGGUGGUGGUGGCAGGCGACGGGCGGUGCUUGACGAUGACGACAGGGGGAACAGCAGCAUGAUGGAAAUGAGUUAG